UAUGAGAAUUGGGAUUACAUUUAUAAAAAAAUAUAAUGUUUACCAAUCAUUAUUAUUUUUAUGGAGUUGAGAGUAUUUUAUUUAAUUCGACGUUUUAAAUCUAAAAUUUUGUGAAAUAAUUUUUUAUAUUUAUCACAGUGUAACAAUAAAUAGCUCUUUUUUUUUAAAUCAUUGAAUCAAUAUAGAGAGAAUAAGCUAGGCUAGGAAAGUUUGAGCGUGAAGAGAGAAAAAGAUCAAGAUAGUACAUGGUAGAAAUAAGCUAAAUUGAUCAUAAGUAAAGAAAUAGCUUCAACAUCCCAUGUAGGGAUUAUCUGAUGAAUUUGAAUACCCAAGAUUGAUGCUUCAGUUUGUCACCAAUUCUUUUUCACUAGACGGUUUCCUGGCUUCUGCCCAGUAAACACUCACUUUCGGAAAUUUUUACAAUAUGUCGAAAAUGGAUCAUUUGUCAACAUCAUCAUUUCAAACACAUAUAAAGAAUUUUAUUCUAGCUGCUAAAAAGUAUUCAAAUUGUCGCGAUGAUCCAUCAUCAAAUGGUCUAUUAUGUGCUCUAAAAAUACUUGGUCAGCCUUCUGAUCAAUUUUUACUCAAUGUUGCUGGUACAUUAGAACAAGAAUUUUUUAUUAACUUGUAUGAACUUAUGAAUGAAAUCAAUGACAAUUCUGAAAUAAUUUGGGCUGCUAUUAAUGUUUUACAAGUAAUAAUCAAGCAGGAAUUCACAGAACCUUCAAUCAUACAUAAAUACAAUUUUACGUUAAUUCUGACCAAAGUUCUCAAGGAUCAAUUAUCAUUAGAUCGAAAAAUUAAAGUGCUUAAAUUACUGCAAGAAUUGACUUACGGUCAGAAAACGCAAUGGCAAGAAAGUUACUUGCCUGAAUUAAUUUCUUUAUUGGUAAAGUGGAUAUCAAAUAACGAUAAAGAUUUGGUAUCGUUUUCUUUAGGUGUUCUAGUUAAUGUGUGUUGUAAAAACAAGCUUGCAAUGUUUACUUUAGUGAAAUGCACAGAUUCUAAAUCUUUUAUGCGUUUGCUUUUAAAAAUUCAAUCCAACAACAUUUUUAUUAGAGUUCAAGUUUAUAAAUUAUUAUUGGUUUUGGAGCAAGUUUCUGGCCAAGUACCACAUGUAGAUGUCAAUCAUUUUAUUGAUGUAACCUUUGCCGUUUUAGAAGAAGGAUUGAAAUUACAAAAUGUCUGUGUUUUACGCCAUGUUGUAGAUUUUUUUGUUGAUAUAUGUGAUCAUUCACAUUGGAAAGAUUCGGUUGUAACAUAUUCUAAUUACAAAUCAAAACUAACAAGUUUAUUACAAAUUAUGAAAAAUGCUGAAAAUCGUGAUAGUUUUCAAAAUGGAAACAAUACUACUUUGCAAUGUGUUCAUUUGGUUUUACAAUUUAUUCAUUAUGUUAUUCAGUUAAAAAUUGGAAUUGCGGAUAUUUUAUAUCCUGAUAUUAUAUUGCAUAUAAGUUACUGGGCUCAAUUUGAUGAACUCUGUACGAUAACAUUGCCAAUUCUGCAAAGUAUCACGUAUGAUAUUCGAAAUCGAAACAGUUCAAUAGAAUUAAAUCUUCUGAACAGCGUCAAUUCCAAACUCGAGCAAAGCUUAAAUGUACUAUUUAAUUUGUUCGAUAAUAACAGUAAUUUAGAGAUUUCGUGCAAUAACAAAACAUGGGAAAAGUAUACAGUAUGCUUUCGACUUUUGCAAGAGAUGUUAAAGUUACGUAAUUUGUAUGAAAAAAUUGAUGAUAAACUUAAUUGUUCUUCCCUACAAUUAUUAUUUCAUUCAUUGAUGUUAGUUGAUAUAAAGAUUCCGUGCAAUUUAGAAAAUAUUCAAUUUGUUUACGUAGAAGCCCUUUGCCUUCUAUCAGAUUUAGUUAAUAAAAAUCCAAAAUGGAUGAGUUUAUAUUCAGAAGUAUUGAAUCAAAAACAUGUUUAUUACAUACUAGCGUUUGUUAUCUAUAACGGUUCCAAAAAAAUGAAACAAAGAGUUCUGGAUUUAAUUACUAAAUUUUCACAGCAGAGUACUCUAAUGUUGUCUGAAUGUCUGGAAGAACUUAAUCAAAUACCACAAAAACAAAUAAACUCAUAUUCAUCAGACAUCGAAAUGAAACCGUUAUGUACUUUAGCUCAAGAAAACCAGAUACAAACAUACAUCAAUCAGUUAGAUAAUAUGUUUACUUGUGAUAAUAUUCAAAAUGUAACUACAAGUCGUGUUAUACAGUUGUAUCAGAGCAAAGUGAAUUUGAUACAGCAUUCAGAAAGUUGGUUAAAGCAAAGCUUAAAUAAUGCUUCUAAAGAAAUUACACAUUUAAACCAUAAAAUAGUAGGCUUACACAAUGAGUCUUCACAACUGCACCAUAUCUUACUAGAAAGCCAUCAAUCAAUUGAUGCAUUAACUAUGGAAAAUAAUGAACUAAAAUAUAAGUUUAAUAAACUUACCGAACAACUUUCUAUUGCCAAUAAUAAUUUAGCAAAUUUGACUCAAAAUUAUGAAUCAAAACGUCAAAUGAUCAAAGAACAAGAUGAAACUAUUAAAAAAAUUGAAAAACAAUUAGAAGAGCUGCAUAUAGAAAGUACCCGAAUGAGAGAGGACUUAUUAAAUCAGUUGCAAAACGAAAAAAUGGAAACUAAGAAACAAGUCUCGAACUUAGAACAACAGUUGACAGAAAAACAAUGUUUCAUAAAUGAAAAAGUCGAAGAAAUUGAUAGUAAGAAAUCUCUUAUUAAAAAUUUGGAAAAUAAUAUCUCUGAUCGAGAGAAAGACAUAAAUGAUUUACGUAAGCAACUCGAAGAACAACAUAGAGUUCGGGAAAUGAUUAGUCAGAUGUUAGCUGCUACAUCCAGUAAACCUUAAAUUUGUGUUAAGUGACAAUGUAAUUUUAUUACUAUAAUUUUUAGUAUUAUUCAUAACUAAAAUUCAAUUUUUUUUAUUGUAUAAUUUAUUUAAUUUUAAUUAAUUAUGAUGUUUUAUAAUUGACUUGAAUUUUUACUGAAUCUUAAUAAAUUCUUUAUAUGUAAAGUAUAUAUGAUGUAUUAU